UCAAUGUAUUAAUUUAUAGAACAGGUUCUGACCCAGUAAUCUUUUAAUUCUAGGGCGUGUGAUUGUACUUUUGGAGUUCCACCCCUCAGGUCACCAUGGCAGACUCCAACCACACUGGCACCUCCUUCUUCCUCACAGGCCUGCCAGGCCUUGAGGCUGUGCACACGUGGCUCUCCAUUCCUCUGUGUGCCAUGUAUGUGGCUGCUCUGGCAGGAAACAGCCUGAUCCUGUGGGUGGUGAGGUCAGAGCCCUCCCUGCACCAGCCCAUGUACUACUUCCUGUCCAUGUUGGCUGUGACCGACCUGGGGCUGUCUGCCUCCACCCUGCCCACCAUGCUCUCCAUCUACAUGCUGGGAGUCAGGGAGGUGGCCCUGGAUGUGUGUCUGGCCCAGCUCUUCUUCAUCCACACCUUCUCAAUCAUGGAGUCCUCUGUGCUGCUGGCCAUGGCUUUUGACUGUUUUGUAGCCAUCAGCAAGCCCCUGCACUACGGUACCAUCCUCAUGAGUCCCAGGAUUGCCAGGCUGGGCCUGGUCAUUGUGGUACGCAGCAUCGGUCUUCACAUCCCAGCCCCCAUCAUGCUGAAGCAGCUGCCUUACUGCAGGACUCGCCUGCUGUCCCACUCCUACUGCCUGCACCCAGACGUCAUGAAGCUGGCCUGUGCUGACACCCACAUCAACAGCAUCUAUGGUCUCUUUGUAGUACUGUCCACACUGGGGGUGGACUCUGUGCUCAUUGUCCUGUCCUAUGGGCUCAUCCUCCAGACAGUGCUAUCCAUUGCAUCCAAGGCUGAGCGCCUCAAAGCCCUCAACACUUGUGUCUCCCACAUCUGUGCUGUGCUGCUCUUCUACACACCUAUGAUUGGCCUGUCCAUGAUCCACAGAUUUGGCAGACGAGCUUCCCCUUCCAGCCAUGUGAUGCUCUCUUACCUGCACUUUCUCACACCUCCAUUGCUCAACCCAGUGGUUUAUACCAUUAAGACCAGGCAGAUCCGACUGAGGAUGCUGCACCUUUUCCACUCAGAUAGGACUGACAUCAGAGAUGCUCAGGAUUGUUAAGUCUUUGGUAGAGAGAGAAAAAGCAUGCAAGACUCCAUCAUAGUUUUCUAAUGAGCCACUGAACAUAAAGUAAGUCCCAUAAUGACGAGAAGAAGACAGGGAUGAGACACACAACAUCUUCCACAGAAAGUUCUCAGUCAUGGGAAGAAAUAACCACAUCAGUGACUUAUUUUUCAUUAAACAAAGUUCAGCCUCUGUUUUAGAAGAAAAGUUCAUAAAAUUUAAGGCUCAAGGGGAGAAUCGCCAUUCUAAAUGGAAAAGGAACUCUAAAGAAUUACUUGCAAACUUUACAAAUGUAUUUAAAAAAAAAAAAAGGACAUAAAAGAAGCUUUUCCUGGGAGUUUAGGAGAAUUUGGGGCAAAUAGGGUUAUCGGUAUGUUUGGAAUUCAGUGAUAAUAGAAGUAGUUUGGAAAAUCUCCAUUAAAUAUAAUCUUCAUGAAGAAAUGAAUUUUUUAUCUAUUGUUGACAAUUACAUCCCCUUUCUUUAACACAGCACUUGCUAUUUAUUAGGUGUUUGGCUGUAUUUAUUGAAUUAAAGGAUAAAUGAAUGCCUGGGUUAUAUUUUUGAGGAAGACUGGCAAGAAUGAAGUAUUCAUAAGGCAAUAAAUGUAAUUCUAGAUACGUGAAAAUCAAGCAUAGGAGUACUUCUUAGUUUUCCUUUUAGGGCAUUUCAGGAUUUUGCUGUUUCCCUCUAUUUUUCAUUAUUAAUUUCAAAGAUGGUCUCAAUAUUCUGCUUUUAAACAGCAAAUAUGUUUGGCCAGAGUUAUAAUCCCAUUUUUUGAAUAACGAGAAUGAAAGCAAGAAGAUUGUUCCUUCAGAAGGCUCAUAACAUAUAAUUUUAAUAAGCUUUGAUCAAACAUUUUAAAAGCAAAAGUAUUCAUAGUAAUGAUUAUAU